AUGGGGAAGCUCGUUCCCUACGCGUAUUGGGUGACGUACACACUCUUCGUGUCGAUCAUGGUGAUGAACCUCGUGAUAGCGGUGAUUUUGGAGAGCUACGAGGAGGGUAAGGGCGAGAAGGAAACGGAGAUCCUGGAGUACUGCUUGAAGUUGUGGAAAGAGCGCGAUCCAGAUCUGACGUUGCGACUGCCGAUGGCUGAAGCCGUGGUUUACGUGACCGAUGCUGUGAAGUUCGGCUUGGAGCUGCAGAGCCGGCAGGGCGAAGACGUCCACGCCAGGAAAGCGGCCGCAGUGCCCAAGUUCGGCUCUGCCAUGAUCACGCAAGUUCCGAUGAAGUUCAUCCGCCCCAUGGACCUGCCAGUGGAUGCAGCCGGGGAGGUCUCGUUUCUUUCAGCUCUUCUACAGGUUUUGAAGCUCCUCUGCCACAAAUGGGACCCGGAUCUCAUGGUGGAGAUCGAUGAUGUGGAG